UUAUUAAUGGAUUAUUCUAUUAAUGUUACAUAUUUUUCUCUGGUGGGACAUGUAGAGCUGGAGAAGUUCAGACAUCUUUACUUUACAAUUACUUUAAUAAUUUAUUUCUUCAUUAUUUUCUUUAAUUCUGUUGUAAUUUUCAUAAUUUUCAUUAACAAGCGUCUCCAUGAACCCAUGUACAUCUUCAUUGCUGCUCUGCUCUGUAACGCUGUGAUCGGAUCGACUGUUCUUUAUCCCAAACUCUUAUCUGAUUUACUGUCAGAAAAACAAACGGUUUCAUACCAGUUCUGUUUACUUCAGGCUUUUGUAGCUUCUGUUUAUGUAGCUUCUGAGUUCACGUUGUUAUCAGCGAUGGCUUAUGACAGAUACGUGUCCAUCUGUAAACCAUUACAAUAUUCAACCAUUAUAAAAAUGUCCACUGUAAGAAAACUCAUAUUUUUAUGCUGGUUCUUACCUAGUUGUGAAAUGUGUACAGGGGUAAUAUUAACAUCUCGACUUGAUCUGUGUAAAUCCAAAGUGAACCGAAUUUACUGUGAUAAUUAUUCUGUUGUUAAAUUAAGUUGUAGAGAAACUACUGUAAACAAUUUAUAUGGACUUUUUAUUUUCAGCAUUGUUGUAUUUCCACCUGUGAUCUUCAUCAUCUUCUCGUAUAUUAGAAUUCUUACUGUGUGUUUGAGGAACUCAAAGGUGUUCAGGAGAAAAGCUCUCCAGACUUGCUUACCUCAUCUUAUCAUUGUCAUUAACUUUUCUAUCAAUGCAUCUUUUGAAAUUAUAAAUAACAGACUGGAAUCUAAUCAGAUUCCUCACAUUAUUGAGAUGAUACUGUCGAUCGAAUUGUUACUGAUUCCUCCUCUGUUCAAUCCUAUUAUAUAUGGAUUAAAACUUCAGGAGAUUUUUAACAGCAUUAAGAGGCUGAUUUCAUGUCAAAAUAGAGCCAGAGUUUCUUUUUAG